UAUGGAAAGAUGCGAUCAGAAAGCUGACGAAUGGAAGCUCUUCCCGAGUGGUCACUUCGGUAAUAGUGGCUAAAACAAACAUUGCGGGAUAUCAACCCUCCAUAUACGGUCUCCUUUGGUUGGGGGCAAAAAACUGCGUAUGCACCGAACAAAUACUUUUAAAGAAAUGUCCAUGCUGUAGCAUUACAACGCAGACUUUCCUCGGCGUUUUCAGCUCGAGAGCUCCAGCAUGUCUAAGCGGCGCUCAUUGGAGAGGGGGGCCGGAGAGACCUCGGGCAGGGCCAGCAAGCUCCUCUGUCCUGGAAUAGCUGGAAGCAACGCCAAGAGGGCAGGUCCCUUUGUCCUGGGGCCUCGUUUGGGGAACUCGCCCGUGCCAAGCAUAGUGCAGUGUCUGGCCAGGAGGGAUGGGACGGAUGACUUCUACCAGCUAAAGAUCCUGACUCUGGAGGAGCGGGGAGACUCGACCGGGGAGACCCAGGAGGAGAGGCAGGGGAAGAUGCUGCUGCACACCGAGUACUCCCUCCUCUCGCUGCUCCAUAACCAGGAUGGAGUGGUGCACCACCAUGGCCUGUUCCAGGACCGGGCGUAUGAGAUUGUGGAGGACCCGGAGGCCAACAAUGGCAAGGUGCGCCGACUGAAGAAGCGGAUCUGCCUGGUGCUGGACUGCCUCUGUGCUCAUGACUUCAGCGACAAGACUGCGGACCUCAUCAACCUGCAGCACUACGUCAUCAAGGAGAAGCGGCUGAGCGAGCGCGAGGCCAUCGUCAUCUUCUACGAUGUGGUGCGCGUGGUGGAGGCCCUGCACAAGAAAAACAUUGUGCACCGAGACCUGAAGCUUGGAAACAUGGUGCUGAACAAACGAACUCAUCGGAUUACCGUCACCAACUUCUGCCUGGGCAAGCACCUGGUGAGUGAGGACGACCUGCUGAAGGACCAGCGAGGAAGUCCAGCCUACAUCAGUCCUGACGUACUGAGUGGCCGGCCAUAUCACGGAAAGCCCAGUGACAUGUGGGCCCUUGGAGUGGUGCUGUUCACCAUGCUCUACGGCCAGUUCCCCUUCUACGACAGCAUACCUCAGGAGCUAUUCCGCAAGAUCAAGGCUGCAGAGUACUCCAUCCCAGAGGACGGGCGUGUGUCGGAGAACACUGUGGGUCUUAUACGGAAGCUGCUGGUGCUGGACCCCCAGCAGAGGCUGACCGCUGCCGAGGUCCUGGAGUCUCUAAGUGGCAUUAUUGCCUCAUGGCAGUCGGUAUCCUCUUUGACCGGUCCUCUUCAGGUUGUACCGGACAUCGAUGACCAGGUCAGCCACCCAGAGCAUCUCCAGGAGGCGAAAAUGACGGAGGAGUCGUCACAGUACGAGUUUGAGAACUACAUGCGCCAGCAGCUGUUGUUGGCCGAGGAGAAGAACACUAUUCACGAGGCCAAGGCCAGUUUCCUCGCCAAGCGCCAGUUCAGCGCCAUCCCGCCCGUGCGGCGCCUAGGCCACGAUGCCACACCCGUCAGCCCUCUGGACGCAGCCAUACUGGCCCAGCGCUUCCUCCGGAAGUAGCCCCCUCACCCAUCACCUUGUGGGGUGGGGGAGAAGGGUUGGGUUGGGAAGGUACCCUGAAACUAGUACCUAUGGGAGCUUAGCCCGACCCUCCCUUGUGUAGAGGGAUCCCUAGCUGUGGAGAGUUAGAUAGGUGGAGUGGGAACAGAAGGGGGGGGGGGGGGGCAGAACUGAUCACUCACCUGACAACCUCAUAGUUUUCACACUUCAAGUCUGGGUGUUGGUGAUGUGCACAGGAAUGACAUGGCUGGAGAAUCUGAAGAUCUCAACCAAAGGCUCCCACUGAACCCACCCCUCAGCCAGCCAGCUAUGGGCACAUAUGGACUCAGCCAGCCAGCCAGCUAUGGGCACAUAUGGACUCAGCCAGCCAGCUAGCUAUGGGCACAUAUGGGCUCAGCCAGCCAGCUAGCUAUGGGCACAUAUGGACUCAGCCAGCCAGCUAGCUAUGGGCACAUAUGGACUCAGCCAGCCAGCUAGCUAUGGGCACAUAUGGACUCAGCCAGCCAGCUAGCUAUGGGCACAUAUGGACUCAGCCAGCCAGCUAGCUAUGGGCACAUAUGGACUCAGCCAGCCAGCUAGCUAUGGGCACAUAUGGACUCAGCCAGCCAGCUAGCUAUGGGCACAUAUGGACUCAGCCAGCCAGCUAGCUAUGGGCACAUAUGGACUCAGCCAGCCAGCUAGCUAUGGGCACAUAUGGACUCAGCCAGCCAGCUAGCUAUGGGCACAUAUGGACUCAGCCAGCCAGCUAGCUAUGGGCACAUAUGGACUCAGCCAGCCAGCUAGCUAUGGGCACAUAUGGACUCAGCCAGCCAGCCAGCUAUGGGCACAUAUGGACUCAGCCAGCCAGC